UGGGUGCCACCACUAGCCAUUGGUAUUUGCAGGGCGUUUCAUAGUUUUUUUAAAAAACAAAACAAAGCACCACUAAGGACACCAUGCUCGUUCUGGUACUCGGGGACCUACACAUUCCGCACCGCUGCAGCAGCCUGCCAGCCAAGUUUAAGAAGUUGCUGGUGCCCGGCCGCAUUCACCACAUCCUGGCCACCGGCAAUAUUUGCACCAAGGAAUCCUACGAUUAUCUCAAAUCCCUGGCCAACGACGUGCACAUAGUACGUGGCGACUUCGAUGAAAACCUAAGCUACCCCGAGCAGAAGGUGGUGACUGUGGGCCAGUUCCGAAUCGGUCUAUGCCACGGCCAUCAGGUGGUGCCCCGCGGUGAUCCAGAGGCGUUGGCCCUCAUCCAGCGACAACUGGACGUGGACAUCUUAAUCACGGGUCACACGUACAAGUUCGAGGCGUACGAGCAUGGUAAUAAGUUCUACAUCAAUCCGGGAUCAGCCACGGGAGCCUUUAACCCGUUGGAUACGAAUGUGGUGCCGUCGUUUGUUCUCAUGGACAUCCAAAGCACAACGGUGGUGACAUACGUCUACCAACUGAUCGGCGACGAGGUCAAAGUGGAGCGGAUCGAGUACAAGAAGAUCUAGGCCUAGUAUUAGCCAGGAGCCAUUCCUCCCAACUCCUAUCCCCGAUCCCCCGCCCCCCUCUCACUCAUUCUGAGCUUGGCUUUAUUAAAGAAAUUGUACAUUUACGUAGAAAUUAAAGUCGUUCUCAUUUUUUUAUCUGAUAAAAAGUGCUGAAAUUGUAUUAAAAUAGAAAAUAAAAUUAUGACCGAUGAAGGAUUUGUUUCUCCAACAAAA